AUGGCUCUCGUCAACGUUCGUCGCGAUGUCAGCGAUGCCUUCUACCGCUACAAGAUGGAGCGCAUCCAGACCAAGAUUGAAGGCAAGGGUAACGGUAUCAAGACCGUUGUCGUCAACUUGUCCAGCGUCGCCCAGUCUCUUGCCCGCCCUGGCUCCUAUGUCAUCAAGUACUUUGGUUUCGAGCUGGGAGCUCAGACCAACAUCGACCCCAAGGACGACCGUUGGAUCAUCAACGGCGCCCACGACGCCGCAAAGCUGCAGGACCACCUCGAUGGCUUCAUCAACAAGUUUGUUCUCUGCAAAAAGUGCAAGAACCCUGAGACCGACGUCGUCAUCAAGGACGACCACAUCGUGCUCGAUUGCAAGGCCUGCGGUCAACGCACCGACGUUGAUCUCCGCCUGAAGCUCAGUGGAUUCAUCCUCAAGAACCAGCCCAAGAAGGGAAAGAAGGACAAGGCCGAGCGCCGUGCCGCCAAGAAGGCAAAGCAGAACGGCCAUGGCAAGGAGAACGGCCAGGGCAGUGGCGAAGAUGGCUCCGAGAAUGGCUCCAACGACGCCGCCGAGAACGGCGACGUCAGCGAUGACGAGUUCCAAAAGGUGCAGGCCGAGGCAAUCACUGCCGCUACCAGUGCCGAAGUCGAGGUUAAGGACGACGAGUGGGCUGUCGACAUGAGCGCCGAGGCCGUCAAGGCCCGCCAGGCACAGCUCCCCGGCGAGCUCAAGCAGAAGCUCAACAUUGGCGACGACGAGGAUGAGGACGGCGAGGGCGGUGGCAACACCGUCUACGACGAGCUCGGCAACUGGAUCGCCGAGCAGGCUGAAGAAAAGGGCGGCAUUGACAAGGUCGAUUCCAUCAACAUCUACGUCAAGGCCAAGGAGCUUGGUAUCGAGGCCAAGCACCGAACUGUCCUGGUUCUGGUGCAGACCGUCUUUGACAAGAACAUUGUUGCCCAGAUUCCCAAGCGCGCCAGCAUGCUCAAGCAGUUUGUCACUUCCGAGAAGCAUGAAAAGGCCCUGCUCGGUGGUACCGAGCGCCUGAUUGGCGGCCUCAGCAAGGAGAACCCUGAUAUCAUCCAGCAGGUCGUCAAGAUCCUGCAGCUGUACUACCACCACGACCUCAUCACCGAGGAGGUGGUCGUGCCCUGGGGCUCCAAGGCCAGCAAGAAGUACGUCGACGUCUCUACCUCUCGCAAGGUCCGCAAGGCUGCCGAGCCCUUUAUCACCUGGCUCCAGGAGGCUUCUGAGGAGGAAUCCUCGGAAGAGGACGAGUAA